AUGUCUGAGCGAAAGGUUCUGACCAAGUACUACCCCCCGGAUUUUGAUCCGUCGGCGAUCGGGCGUACGCCCAAGCACCUUCGUCAGAAGGGCCCGAAGGUCAUUACGGUCCGAUUGAUGGCCCCGUUUCCUAUGAAAUGCACGAACUGUGGUGAAUAUAUCUACCGUGGCCGCAAGUUCAACGCUCGGAAAGAGACGCUCGAGGAGAAGUACCUGACUAUUCCAAUUUAUCGCUUCUACAUCCGGUGCACAAGAUGCAGUGGAGAAAUUACAUUCCGAACAGACCCCAAAAACAUGGACUAUGAGUGUGAAAAGGGCGCAAAGCGAAACUUCGAAGUAUGGCGAGACAACAAGGACGAGAAAUACAAUGAAACGCAAGAGGAAACCCUCGACCGACUCGAACGCGAGGAAAAUGCAGAGCAGGAACAGCUAGAACGCGACAAGAUGGCCGAGCUGGAAGAUAAGAUGCUGAAUUCCAAGCGGGAGAUGCAGAUCGCGGAUGCUCUCGACGAGAUCCGGACCCGGAAUGCGCGCAUCCAGCGUAGCGAGGCAAAAGGUGAAGAAGUAGCACUAGAAUUGGCGCGGGAGGACCAGGAUCAAGUAAGGUUGCAGCAGGAGAAGGAGGAUGAAGAGGCGGCGCGAAGGGCGUUCAUGACAGCGGAAGGGGAGAGGAUCAAACGGAUUGUUGAGGACGAGGAGCCGAUUAUCACAGCUGCGCAACCUGAGUCGUCGAAUUCUGCAUCGAUUCUAAUGCCACCCCCGUCAUCAACAUCCUUUGCUCGCGUGAAGAAAGCUAAAAAGGGUGUCAACAAAUUGGGGAUUAAGAAGAAGCCGUCUUUGGUUUAA